AUGACUAAUAUUGAUCGGUAUCGAGUGUCUUCGCAAUCAAUACAUCAUGAGCAAAAUACGUUAGAAAUACGUUUACAGCAAUUAAGUGCUGAAGAAAAGCAAAUAAAAACAAGGCUAUUUCAAUUGAAUGAACAAGCGGUAAAAAACGAUGAUGAAUGUAAAAUAUGGUCAUUAAAACGAAAAUUUCAUAUAUCAUGUGAUGUGAAAGAAAAGGCAACAGCGUCUUUUGAAUGUUAUUUUCUUAGUAUAGGUCAUGACGAUGGAGAAGACGCACAGUUUAUCAAUUCAGAUGAAAUAGAAGAUUAUUGUGCAUCGAUAUUUCACAUGACUGAUAUUCCUGUUAGCCAAGGUUGUAAAGAGCUGACAGAUCAUAUAAUCAAUGCGACAGGUGUUGGUUUCAUUCACAAAAAUAAGUUUAUCCAAGCAUGUGUUGAAAAUUGUGAUUUUACAAAAUUAAUGCAAGAAAGAAAAUAG